AUGCACGGCAAGGUCGUCAUUAUUGGCUCGGGGCCGGCCGCCCACACUGCCGCCGUCUACUUGGGCAGAGCAGAGCUGAAGCCCGUUUUAUACGAGGGCUUCAUGGCCAACGGCAUCGCCGCAGGCGGCCAGCUGACGACCACGACCGAGGUCGAAAACUUCCCCGGCUUCCCCAAGGGCAUCAUGGGCCAAGAGUUAAUGGUGACAACCGCCGCCCGUCCUCCCCCCACCCCCCAAGUAAGACUCGAGCACACGAGACGAUCUGACACAGGCGGGCCGCAGGACAACAUGCGCGCGCAAUCUGAGCGCUUCGGCACCGAAAUCGUCACCGACACCGUGACAAGGCUCGACCUCAGCAGCCGCCCCUUCCAGUACAGCACCGAGUUCUCGCCCGACGAGACGCACACGGCCGACGCGGUCAUCAUCGCGACGGGCGCCUCGGCCCGCCGCAUGAACCUCCCCGGCGAGCAGGCGUACUGGCAAAACGGCAUCUCGGCGUGCGCCGUGUGCGACGGCGCCCUCCCCCUCUUCCGCAACAAGCACCUGUUCGUCAUCGGCGGCGGCGACUCGGCCGCCGAGGAGGCCACGUUCCUCACAAAGUACGGCAGCCACGUCACCGUGCUCGUGCGCCGCGACGUCCUGCGCGCCAGCAAGGCCAUGGCCGCGCGCCUGCUCGGCAACCCAAAGGUGACGGUGCGCUUCAACACCGUCGCCACCGAGGUCCGCGGCGGCCCGGACAACCUCAUGAGCCACCUCGUCGUCAGGGACACCGUCACCGGCAAGGAGGAGGUCGUCGAGGCCAGCGGCCUCUUCUACGCCAUCGGCCACGAUCCCGCCACCGCCCUCGUCAGGGGCCAGGUCGACAUGGAUGGCGACGGGUACAUCGUCACCCGGCCUGGUACUACCAUGACGAGCGUAGAGGGCGUCUAUGCCGCCGGCGAUGUGCAGGACAAGAGGUACAGACAGGCCAUUACUAGUGCGGGUGAGCUUCGUCAAUUCCCUCCUCGUGUUCCCCCAACUAUGAAUCUCAAGUCUUUGUCUCGUGCAAGAGGUGGUGACUUUGGCUAA